AACUUGGUCCUACGCUUGACGAUUUGACGCUUUUCACCCCACCGUCAAUAGAUUCAAAGAUUCUUCCCUCUUUGCAAUUCUCGGAAUUCCCGAUCCUUCUUUCAGCUUUCAAUAUCCACACACAAGAAUUUCCUCAACGGAACGAGCAUGAGCGCCGAUCAAACCCACCCCGCCGGUACAAACAUGAGCGCCGAUCAAACCCACCAGGCCACACCAUCGGGGUCCGAUCUCAAACACAACUCCCCACACUCCGGUGACUACGCUCCCUACCCUAAGCUGGGCCCAGAGGACGUCCAGCCCCCUCCGAUUGAGGACUGGAGCGACGUGCCAAUGGGUUCCCAACCGAAACCGCAACAGCAAACGCAAGCGCCGCUUGAGAAUCCCGUGCACGCUGAAGCCAGGGCUCCGGUAACCGCGGACGCCGCCACCACGAUGCCGCCAGAAUCGAAUCCCUACAUCUCUGCGGCUCCGGCGCCGGAACCAUCUUCCGCCGUCAAGAAUAAAAUGGACUCGGUGAAAGAUGUGCUCGGUAAGUUGGGGAAGAAGGCGGUCGAGGCGACCAAGAAGGCCGAGGAUCUCGCUGGGAACAUGUGGCAGCACCUGAAAACCGGACCUAGUUUUGCUGACGCUGCUGUCGGAAGAAUUGCUCAAAGUACAAAAGUCCUGGCAGAAGGUGGUUAUGAGAAGAUUUUUCGACAAAAUUUUGAGACUGCUCCGGAGGAGAAGCUUCUAAAGACUUAUGCAUGCUAUCUAUCCACAUCUGCUGGACCAGUAAUGGGAGUUCUGUAUCUGUCCACAGCAAAACUUGCAUUUUGUAGCGAUAAUCCACUCUCUUACGAAGCUGGUGAACAGACUCAGUGGAGCUAUUAUAAGGUGGUUAUUCCAUUACAUCAGCUGAGAGCUGUCAAUCCUUCAACAAGUAAAGUCAAGGCUGGGGAAAAAUACAUACAGGUUAUCUCUGUUGACAACCAUGAAUUUUGGUUUAUGGGCUUUUUACACUAUGAUAGUGCCGUGAAAAAUCUUGAAGGAGCCUUGCAGCCCCACAGCCUAUGAUGAACAAGGGCCAAACUUUUGAACAUGUAGCAGAAGGAACAACUCAUUACCAACAAGUUGAUGUAGAAAAAAAAAAAGCCUGUCCAGAAUAUGGGAUGUCUAAGCUAAAAUUAUGUAUUUUAUAUGCUGCCGGGUGUUCCCUGGUGUUGGGACUCAUUUAUUUCGAUCGUAGUUUUGGUGACAUAUUUGGCGUGAUGAAAAAGUAUAGUCCAUUUGAAAAUUAUUGAGUUCUGAAUUCUGAUAAAGGUGACUCUACUAUUGCAAUAUUGUUUAAAUUCACAUAAGAUAUUCUUCCUUUUUAAUUUA